GGUGGCCGAUGGCUGCCGGGGGGGAGUCGAGACUAGCGGCAGCCCGUUUGCGCCGCCCGGAUCUUUGGACCGCAAAAACGUUCGCUGCAGCGUCAUCGCUCCCCAGCAGAUACAUCUAGCCGCGACUUCGCCACCUACUUUCGCGUCUUUCUCAUCUUCCUCCUUCUACUCUCCCUUUUCCCUUAUUUUACAUCUUCUAUCCUCUCUUUUUUCGACGAAGAGUAUACUCGAUUGCCACUAUUCAAGCACAAGAAUACAAGAGCUGCUGUAGCCUCGCUCCUUUCGCUGUCUUGGCUCUAUUUACGCCCAACCACUCCUUAGGCGUCUACACCCAACCUCAGUCGACCUCAACCUCCUUAUCCGAUUUCGACGCCUUUCUUUCUGGACCCCUCCAAAGAAGUCACAUCUCCAACAUCCCCCACCAUGACCGCUGAUAGCACCGUCACCGGCCAGAACGGCUCCUCCAACGGAACCGCCAACGGCACCACCAACGGCACCCCUCGCACCAAGAUCUGCGUAUACUGCGGCUCAGCAGCCGGAAACGACCCGGAACAUGUCGAAGUCGCCCGCGAGCUCGCCCGCGUCAUGGCUGAAAACGACAUCGACCUCGUCUACGGAGGCGGCACCGUCGGCCUCAUGGGCGAAGUUGCCAAGACCCUCACCAAACUCAAGGGCCCCGACGCCGUCCACGGCAUCAUCCCCGAGGCCCUCGUCAAGUACGAGCGCGACGGCACCUACCAGACGGUCAACACGGCCAACCAGUACGUGCCCACCGAGUCCGAGUACGGCCGGACGACGGUCGUCAAGGACAUGCACACGCGCAAGAAGCUCAUGGCCGAGGAGGUCUUCGCCGGCGGGCCCGGCAGCGGCUUCAUCGCCCUCAGCGGCGGCUACGGCACCGUCGAGGAGCUCUUCGAGACCGUCACCUGGAACCAGCUCGGCAUCCACAAGCGCGGCAUCUGCCUGCUCAACAUCAACGGCUACUGGGACGGCAUCAUCCAGUGGGUCGACAAGGCCGUCGAGCAGGGCUUCGUCAAGCUGCCCAACAAGGACAUUCUCGUUACCGCCACCAGCGCCGAGGACGCCAUCCUCGGGCUGAUGAACUACCAGGUUUCCGAGGGCACUUUCAAGCUAGAAUGGGGUUCGCAAUAAACGGGGGCUGGUUUAGGAUAGGAAUAGGAUAUAGAAGUUUCUUUUGUUCUUUUUCAUUUGGCUCUGUUGUUCCUU